AUGCCCAAACGGUUAGUGACGGCGUGUGAAUACUGCCGAGUACGUAAAGUAAAGUGUGACAAGCAGAUUCCAUGUUCUACUUGUAAGAAAAGAGGCAAGCAAUGCUCGACCAGGCGUGUGGUGAAUUCAAAAGCUGAAGGGAAGCGAUCUCAUUUACACUAUGAUGUAGAGCUGUUGAAACUAAAACUUAAGCUGUUAGAUGAGCAGGCAAACUUUGUAGACACGGUGGUUCCAGCACCCAACACAAAGGAAGAUUUUGACUUUAUCAAUAUCUAUAAGGAUUAUACUAAAGUAUACAUCAAAGGUAGAGAGGGUCGGAAUUGUUUUGGACCAUUGAGCUGGACUACUUUGAUGAAUAGUGAUAAUGCUCUACGCUCAUCUUGGAACUACAUUGAAGAUCACAAGAUGACAGAGUUGUUUGGCAAACUUGAACUGGGGUCAACAGACUCAGUGAAAGACUUUGAUACUGACCAUCAACGUUUGGCUGGAUUGGUAGUUCCUUCUUCGCCUGUUUUUGAUUCAACCAUUCGAUUGGAUUCGAAGUUAUUGUCCGUUUUAGCGAAUCAGAAAGUCAUAUGGACAUUAAUUAGGAGGUUCUUUAGGGUUGUGUAUCCAUAUGUGCCGUUCAUUGACGAGAGAGACUUUCGUGGUGAAAUCAGCAGGUUGAUUGAUGAUGAGAAUUUUGAGGUGGUACCUGUCGUCGAAUUGAAUAUCAGAGGACAUUUGGAUUUCGCUACACUUGGAAUUUUACUUGUGAUACUAAGGUUGAGCUACCUAUCCUACUUCUCCAAUGACUUGAGUCACAAUUUGCCGGACAAUAUCAACACGAAUACAGUAAAGAACCGAGAACUCAAGUUCAUACUAGAAAACCCUAUCUCUAUGAGUUACAUCGUGUUGGCACAAUCUUGCCUUGACGAAUUCAAUAUUUUUAACAGAUCAAACGUGACAGUACUACAAUUGGCCCUACUAUUAAGAACAUACAGACACUUGGCUCCCGAAGAAGGAGAUGGUCCUGAUGGUGGGGACUCGAUAGUGUUGACCAGCACAUUGGUUAGUAUGGCUACAAAUCUCGGGCUCAAUAGAGAACCAGAUGAAUCAAUAACCUCGAAACGAGAGUGUAAUCUAUUCAGAAAGUUGGCAAUUCAUCUAAAAAAUCUUGAUACAACCGAAUGUGUCAGCUUCGGAACGCCUAGUGGGGUGGAUAGACGGUAUUUUGAUAUCAAAUGUCCCUUUUACGCACUUGACAACUCCAACUUAAUUGACACAGAAAAUGAAAGAGAAGUAAUAUCUGCGUACAUGAAUAGCGGGUUAAUUUACAAACAGUUAGAGGAGACUUACAAUUAUGCUAUAGAUCUUAGUAAGCCAGCAAAUGCCCGCUUAUUAGAUUUGAAAUUGAUUGAGCUAAAGGAUAUUUUAAUGAUGGAUGCCUUGGAGGUUAUGCCUCAAGACUACGCCAAUUCGUUUAAGGUUAAGCUGUUUUUGUUGGGAGAACAAUUAAUAUUGUCAAUUCAAUUUCUUUUGCAUAUCCACUACGAAAGACAAAGCAAUUAUGCCAAUAGCAAAGUCUACAUUAAGGAAACCCUCCGUACGAUAUCCUCGCUUCUACCUAUACUACAUUCGAUAGUAGAAAUCCAGACAGAUGGUAUGCAUAUCAUGUCAAUUGCCCCAAUUCUACAAACAGUGUUUGUCAAGGCAUUUGUAAUUGUUGUUUCGGUUUUGAUUAGAACAAAUGUUUCCAUUCAAAACGAAGUACGAGGCUAUUCUGAUAUGUUUAGUCUGCUAAUUAUGUUGUCGGUUGCGAUGAAAGACUGGUGUGUGGAACUUCUAGAAUUAUUUUCUAUAUUUAGCACCAGAUACUACUACUUUUGGCGUAUAUUGAGAGGUUGCCAUGGUCUACUCAAGCUAUGCUUUGCUAAGGAUUUCUACGAGCCUCUUAAAAAUGCUGCAGAUACGCAUGGUUUGCAUUUCAGCAAUUCAGAUAUACAUGAGAUUCUAUCAAUUUGUGGCCAUAAUCUGGAUGGUGAAAAUUCAACUCAGGACCUUUCAACAUCUAUAAUAAGUGCGGCUGGAAUUCCAAAUGUGUCUAGCAAGUAUAUUUCAGAUGUUGAUCUCAAUCGUUUUUGGGUAGUCUUGAAGAGCCAAUCAAAGUCCAACGCUACAAUGAAGCGAUUCCAGAACUUGACCAUAAGCGAACAGUCAGCGUCAGUUCCCGAAGAGGAACCGGAGGAAUAUGAUUUUUUCACUGAGUUUUACAAUGAUUUCUUACGGGAAACUGGAUAA